AUGGACCCCACAUCUUUGGGAGAGAUAUAUGUCCUUCAACAACUUCAUCCUACCAUGUCUGACUUCAGAGGUGUCGAUCUUACCGGUAAGACAGCGAUUGUCACCGGCGCUUCACGUGGAAUUGGCGCCGCGAUUGCAAAACAACUUGGGAGGCGAGGAGCCAAUGUUGUCGCCAACUUCGUGACAGACAGCAGUCGCCAGCGAGCCGAAGACAUCGUCAAGGACAUUCAACAACACGGAUCGAAUGCCAUUGCGAUCCAGGCAGAUGUCGGGAAAUUAUCUGAGAUCUCCAGACUCGUUGAAGCUACGCUGAAGUUUAGUGGAACUGGCAAAAUCGAAAUUUUGGUUCAUAACGCGGCUUUGGGUGUUGACGCAAACCUCGACGAAGUCACCGAAGACUUGUAUCUCACCCAUUUCGACACCAAUGUGAAGGGACCAAUUUUUCUGACCAAAGCUGUCGUGCCGCACAUUGCUCGAGGCGGUCGAAUAGUUUUUGUUUCUUCCGCAGCGGCUCGUCUUGGGGUCGCUGGACAAACCGUAUAUGCUGCCACAAAAGCGGCCAACGAGGCACUUGCGCGUGUGUGGGCCAAAGAACUUGGGAAAGAGCAUGGCAUUACUGUCAAUUGCGUCAAUCCUGGCCCGGUGGCUACUGAUCAGUGGAACGAAAGCGAUGACCAGUUUAGAAAAGACAUGGAGCCCUUGAUCGAGUCUACACCGGCUGCAGCGAGAAUCGGAGAAGUGGAUGAUGUCGCACCUCUCGUGGCAUUCCUUUGCAGCAGUGACGCUCGGUGGACUACUGGAUCAGUCCUCUGUGCAAAUGGGGGUUUGUAUAACUAG